AUGAGACUCCAGAAACGUCUAGACGACCCUAAGAUGACCGGACGAGAAGACCUUCUGGCUUAUUUCUGCCGAAUGAAGGACCUCGAAGGCAAGCUAGCUUUCUUUGUUGAAAUCUUGGUGGAGGCGAUGAAUUUAGUUGGGGCAAGAGCAGACACAAUCUCUAUUAGCAUGCGAACCUGCCUCUUUUACUUGGCAACAAAUUCAGAAGUGCUGGCUAAGCUGAGAGAGGAGAUUGACAACUUUUACAAUGUAAAUAAUUUGAAAGCACCCAUUUCUUACCUGGAAACUCAAAAGCUGCCCUAUCUGCAAGCAGUUAUCAAGGACGCCAUUCGACUACUACCGUCCAUCGUCUUUCAGCUCCCACGACACACACCACCUGACUUUAAGGUAAGGGGUAUCAAGAUCCCGGUGAACACAAUGAUUGGAAUCAGCCCUAUAGCCCAAAAUCGCGAUCAGGAAAUAUGGGGUUCAGAUGCGAACGAGUUCCGCCCGGGCCGAUGGCUCGAAAACGAAGACAAGACAAGAUACUUUGAUCGUAGUACGAUGACAUUUGGCGGUAGCGGGCCAAGAAUGUGUAUGGGAAGGAACAUUGCGCUGGUGGAGCUGCACAAGUUCGUGGCUCAGUUCGUACACAUCUUCGACUUUAAGCUUGUCAAUACGGAUGCUCCAUGGAGAAUCAAGGCGUACUGUACCGCGUAUCAGAGCGAAGUUUUCAGGAAUAUAAGCCGACGGAAAUAA